CUUCUUCUUCUUUCUUGCGGUUUUGGUGGUGGCAGUGGUGGGUUUGCUCAUCAUGCACAGGGCGUGCCCUUCCCACGUAAGGCGGUGGUGACUCAGUGGGAGCCGCAAGGCUUCGCCUGGCGAGCCCGUCUUAUAAAAAAGCCUGGAAGUCAGGCAGCUGCAUUCGGAGUCCACCCGUCAAGAAGGGAAGGAACGAAUGGUCGGAGAAAGGCCCCCUCCAGAAGCUCCACCGUCCCGGCAGCACCUAGAGAUGUCUCAGAGGAUCCUCUUCGUCCUCCUGGCUUCGUGGCUGGCCCUCGCGGCCCAGUCGGCCACCGUUCCUCCCAAAGGUGAUGGAGGAGAGAAGCCACCGCCACCACCUUCCGAUGAUCUCCAACAGGAAAUGAUGCCCGACCAGGUGCUACUGGACUUUCUCUUCCAACAUCCCAUCGACGACCAAGCCUUGGACGGUGCCGACGUCACGGGCAUCGUCCAGACCCCUCUGCGGCCUGCCUUCGGCCCCCGGGGGAGGCGCCCUGGGUGCCACGACGACCUCCUCUGUACCCGGGAGCCCCCCGUCUACAAACUGGACGAAUUCCCGCCGGCCCGGCCCACCGUCGACAACCUCGCCAACAUCUGCGCGGAAGGACGGAAGAAGGCUUCCUACGGGCCCUGGAAUCUGCCCCAGACGGGCUUCUCCCACCUGAGCCGCCAGGGGGACGCCCUCAACGCCCUCGAGGAUGACCUGGAUCGAUGCUGCCAGCUGUCCGAGGAGGAGAAGCUGCCCUGCUCUUCCGAGGCGUGGUCGGACGCCUUGGCGCAGUUCUGCGAGGCCGAAUUCUCCACGAAGACCAAGCCUUACCACUGCUGCCUGCUGGAGGGGGCCCCCCAGGAGCGCUGUUUCCUCCGGGAAGCCCCUUCCCCAAAGGACGGCAGCCUCCGGGGCCAACCCUCUCCAGGGGAGAAGCCGGGCUCCUGCACGGAUCCUUCCCGGUGCAACACUGCGGAGCUGGCGAGCCCGCGGUCGGUCCCGAAAAUCUCCUUCCCUCCGGGGGAGCCCACGGACGCCAAUAUUCUCAAUAUUUGCAAGCUGAGCAAAUUCCGUCCGCGGUACCCGGCUGCCCGUCUCCCAGAGUCACAUUUUGGAUGGGUGGUGCUCCAAGCCCGGGCCGUGAACCGCGUGGAAAAGGCGUUCAAGAAAUGUUGCCGGGCCAAAGAUGUGGGUUGCGCCCACAGAGGGUGGGAAACCACCCUGAUACAGUACUGCAAGCAGGAAUUCUCGGUGAAGACCAGGCCUCACAUGUGCUGUAAAGAGAAACAACUGGAUGACCGUCUUGCCUGCUUCGCCAUCCAGGCCCCUUACCCAGCCUAUGACAAGGAGGUCACGACAGUGAAUCUGGCCCAGAUCACCUCCUCGCUCCUGGACUCCCUCUGCCGACCCGUCAGCCUUCUGAGCAAGCAGAAGCCCAUCCCGGCUUUGGUCCAGAACAUCACGGAGCCCUGCUGCCCCUUGCAAGCCGAGCAGAGGACCCAGUGCGCUCAGGAGACGAAAUCCCAGUUCAUCGCCAACAUCUGCAGCUCUCAGAAGAAGACCUGGAAGGAUCCCCAGAAGUGCUGCGCCCGGGAGGAAAGCCAGGCUCGUGACGACUGUUUCAACCUGAACUACCUGAGCGACGUGGCUUAUGCGGCUGUGGAUCAGAUCUUCCCCCCGGCAGAGCCGGCCGUCUAAGCCUGCCAUUGACAGUCCCGUCUCUCUCUCUCUCUCUCGGUCUGCACUGACUCUCCACUUCAAGAGAGCCUCCCUUUUGUGGCACUUUAUUUCCUAGGCGGUGGCUCCAGACGGAUCAGGGCCAACCCUAGAUAAAAGUUGUAGAUUAGAUCUUGUCUUGCUUUGGGCCUCGUUUUCACCUUCCACCCUUGGGAGCAUUUAAUGGUGUUUGUUUCCAGCUUCUUGUGGGGCCAGGAUUGGGGUCAGAAAGAGGGGAAGAAGGUAUUUUUCUUCUCCCCCUGCGGCUCCUGCCAGCUCCAUCUUCGCCAGCUGGCCCAGUCAGGGGCUGGUGGUGGUGGCCGGAGCACUCUGUUCCUCAAGAGGGAAAGAGAGUGUUUGGAUCAGGGCUAAAUCUCUGAACGGUCCCUCUGGUCCCCAACGUGCUGCUGGAUGCUUUCCGCUCAGGCGCAGGGCCCAAGGAGGGAUCACGGCGUGCCUGGGGGUCGGUUUCCGAGUGGCUUUCCCGCCGGGCUUUGGAAAGGCAGACCGGCGUGUCCCGCAGCCCGAACAGGGAGGGGGAGACCUGAGACCUCCCGCCUCGGGUACCGGCAAGCCCACCCAGCAGCAGAAGGCCAGGAGGAGAAACGGGGGGCUGGAAUUUUUUUGGUUAGCUUGGUUCCCUUCUCACCUUUCUUGACUUUGGGGGGGGGUCCCUGUUGCAGACUCCUUUGCUCGCCCUUGUCGCGACCCUGCUUUGUACAGCCGUCUCCGCCAGAGGCACCGGGGGCCUUUAAUAAACCACUUUUUGGGGAAAGAA